AAAUCAAAACUGAACCUCAAACAACACACACUUCUCCAUCAUUAUUCUUUGACUACCCAUUUUGCCACGUGCACUUCCUUCUCACCACUAACCACCAUCACCAACUGUUUCAAUACUCAAAGUCCCUCUCUCCCUUCCCCUUUAUACAAACAAAAAUAUAAGCCUAUCACCAUUAACUUCCUGAAAAAAAAGGAAGAAGAAGAAACCAAUUGCAGAAACAAAAACCCACACAGAUAAACUCAAAUUAAAAAAAUCAAAUUUUUUUCUUCCAAAUUCUGUUUUCUCCGCCAAUUUAUUCUUUCUUUUUUUCUCUCUUCCUCUCUAAUUUAGAAACAGAGAGGAAUUCGAGAGGAGAAAACAGAGGACUCUGUUUCUUGAGUUAGUUAGUGUGGGAUUUUUCUUUUCCCAAGAAUGGCUUAUGUAGUAUCUUCACCAUUUACUUUACCAUCAACAAAACCAGACCAGCUUUCUUCACUAUCACAAAAGCACUACUUUCUCCACUCAUUUCUUCCCAAAAAAGCCAUACAAACCAACUCAAAAUCAACUCUGAAAGUAAAAUGUGCUGCAAUUGGCAAUGGCCUUUUCACACAAACCACACCAGAGGUUCGCCGAGUAGUACCUGAAAAGAACAACAAUCUCCCAACAGUCAAGGUUGUUUAUGUUGUUCUUGAAGCCCAGUACCAAUCUUCACUCACUGCUGCAGUUCAAGCUCUAAACAAGAAGUCGCAAUUUGCCUCAUAUGAAGUUGUUGGUUACUUAGUAGAGGAGCUUCGCGACAAAAACACUUAUAAAGCAUUCUGCAAGGAUCUUGAGGAUGCGAAUAUCUUUAUUGGGUCUUUGAUAUUUGUUGAGGAGUUAGCAUUGAAAGUUAAAGCUGCUGUUGAGAAAGAAAGGGACAGGCUUGAUGCAGUUUUGGUGUUCCCUUCAAUGCCUGAAGUAAUGAGGCUUAACAAAUUGGGUUCUUUUAGCAUGUCACAGCUUGGCCAAUCAAAAAGUCCAUUUUUUCAGUUGUUCAAGAAAAAGAAGCAAGGUGCGGGCUUUGCAGAUAGUAUGUUAAAGUUGGUAAGGACUUUACCUAAAGUUUUGAAGUACUUGCCUAGUGAUAAGGCUCAAGAUGCUAGGCUAUAUAUCUUGAGUUUGCAGUUUUGGCUUGGUGGGUCUCCUGAAAACUUGCAGAAUUUCUUGAAAAUGAUAUCUGGGUCUUAUGUUCCUGCAUUGAAAGGUCAAAAGAUUGGUUAUUCUGAUCCAGUUUUGUUCUUGGAUACUGGAAUUUGGCAUCCUUUGGCUCCUUGUAUGUAUGAUGAUGUGAAGGAGUAUCUGAAUUGGUAUGGAACUAGAAAGGACGCUAACGAGAAGCUGAAAUCGCCUGAAGCGCCAGUUAUUGGGUUGGUUUUGCAAAGAAGUCAUAUUGUGACUGGUGAUGAUGGUCAUUAUGUAGCUGUGAUUAUGGAGUUGGAGGCAAGAGGUGCUAAGGUAAUACCAAUUUUUGCUGGUGGGCUUGAUUUUUCAGGGCCAGUUGAGAGGUUUCUGAUCGAUCCGGUUACGAAGAAACCAAUGGUGAAUUCAGUUGUAUCAUUGACUGGUUUUGCUCUUGUUGGUGGCCCAGCAAGGCAAGAUCAUCCUAGAGCAGUUGAGGCUUUGAGUAAGCUUGAUGUGCCUUAUAUUGUUGCAUUGCCUUUGGUGUUUCAAACAACUGAGGAAUGGCUGAAGAGCACUUUGGGGCUGCACCCGAUUCAAGUCGCUUUACAAGUUGCUCUUCCUGAGCUGGAUGGCGGUAUGGAGCCCAUUGUUUUUGCCGGCCGGGACCCAAGAACAGGAAAAUCACAUGCUCUUCACAAGAGGGUGGAGCAACUCUGCACCAGGGCAAUCAGAUGGGGAGAACUGAAAAGGAAAUCAAAGGCCGAGAAGAAGUUAGCAAUUACUGUGUUCAGUUUCCCCCCAGACAAGGGGAAUGUCGGAACAGCAGCCUACCUUAAUGUUUUCUCCUCCAUCUUCUCGGUUCUAAAGGAUCUCAAAAGAGAUGGUUAUAAUGUUGAGGGCCUUCCAGAGACUUCAGACGCCUUAAUUGAAGAGGUAAUUCAUGAUAAAGAGGCUCAAUUCAGCAGCCCGAAUCUGAACAUUGCUUACAAAAUGGGUGUUCGGGAAUAUCAAAACCUUACUCCCUAUGCCACUGCAUUGGAAGAAAACUGGGGUAAACCUCCAGGCAAUUUGAACUCUGAUGGAGAGAAUCUCUUGGUGUAUGGAAAACAGUAUGGUAAUAUCUUCAUUGGUGUCCAGCCCACUUUCGGUUAUGAGGGUGAUCCAAUGCGGCUGCUAUUCUCCAAAUCUGCUAGCCCUCAUCAUGGAUUUGCAGCUUAUUACUCCUUUGUUGAGAAAAUUUUUAAAGCUGAUGCAGUACUUCAUUUUGGCACUCAUGGUUCCCUUGAAUUUAUGCCUGGAAAGCAGGUGGGAAUGAGUGAUGUUUGUUAUCCUGACAGUCUCAUUGGGAAUAUCCCCAAUGUAUACUACUAUGCUGCUAAUAACCCAUCUGAAGCCACCAUAGCAAAGCGUCGAAGCUAUGCAAACACUAUCAGCUAUUUGACUCCUCCAGCUGAAAAUGCUGGUCUUUACAAGGGCCUCAAGCAGUUAAGUGAGCUCAUCUCUUCAUACCAGUCCCUUAAAGACACAGGUCGUGGGCCACAAAUUGUUAGCUCCAUUAUUAGUACUGCUAAGCAAUGCAAUCUUGACAAAGAUGUUGAACUUCCUGAUGAGGGGGAAGAGAUCUCUGCAAAAGAGAGAGAUCUUGUCGUUGGAAAGGUCUACUCCAAGAUCAUGGAGAUUGAGUCACGGCUUUUGCCAUGUGGACUUCAUGUCAUUGGAGACCCUCCAUCUGCCAUGGAAGCAGUUGCAACUCUAGUCAACAUUGCUGCACUGGAUCGUCCUGAAGAUGAGAUUUCAUCACUCCCAUCUAUUUUAGCUGAAACUGUUGGACGGAAUAUAGAGGACGUUUACAGAGGAAGCAACAAGGGAAUCUUGAAAGAUGUAGAGCUUCUUAAGCAAAUAACUGAGGCAUCUCGUGGCGCCAUCUCUGCCUUCGUAGAGCGGACAACUAAUAACAAGGGUCAAGUUGUAAAUGUUUCUGAUAAACUUACCUCAAUCCUUGGGUUUGGUGUCAAUGAACCAUGGAUACAGUACUUGUCCAACACAAAAUUUUACCGGGCAGAUAGAGAGAAGCUCAGAGUAUUGUUUCAGUUCCUAGGAGAGUGUUUGAAACUGGUGGUUGCUGACAAUGAGUUAGGGAGUCUGAAACAAGCUUUGGGGGGAAAGUAUGUGGAGCCAGGUCCUGGUGGUGAUCCAAUCAGAAACCCAAAGGUGUUGCCAACUGGUAAGAAUAUUCAUGCAUUGGACCCACAAGCCAUUCCAACAACAGCAGCAAUGCAGAGUGCAAAAAUUGUGGUGGAUAGAUUAGUUGAGAGGCAGAAGGCUGACAAUGGUGGAAAAUAUCCCGAGACAGUUGCGCUUGUAUUGUGGGGAACUGAUAACAUCAAGACCUAUGGUGAAUCCCUGGCUCAAGUCUUGUGGAUGAUUGGGGUGAGGCCAAUCUCUGAUACCUUUGGUAGGGUUAACCGGGUUGAACCAGUAAGUCUUGAGGAGCUUGGAAGGCCUAGGAUCGAUGUCGUUGUCAAUUGUUCAGGAGUUUUCAGAGAUCUCUUUAUCAAUCAGAUGAACCUCCUUGACCGUGCAGUGAAGAUGGUGGCUGAACUUGAUGAGCCAGCUGAGCAAAACUAUGUCAGGAAGCAUGCUCUAGAACAAGCUGCAGCCCUUGGCAUUGACAUUCGGGAAGCUGCAACUCGAGUGUUUUCUAAUGCCUCAGGAUCCUACUCCUCAAACAUCAACCUUGCAGUGGAGAAUUCUUCUUGGAAUGAUGAGAAGCAACUUCAAGACAUGUACUUGAGCCGGAAGUCCUUUGCCUUCGAUUGUGAUGCCCCAGGCGCAGGCAUGAUGGAGAAGAGAAAAGUUUUUGAGAUGGCUCUCAGCACAGCAGAGGCCACAUUCCAAAACCUUGAUUCCUCAGAAAUCUCACUCACUGAUGUGAGCCACUACUUUGAUUCAGACCCAACAAACCUCGUGCAGAACUUGAGGAAGGAUGGAAAGAAGCCUAAUGCAUACAUAGCAGACACAACAACAGCUAAUGCUCAGGUGCGUACACUUGCUGAGACUGUAAGGCUAGAUGCACGAACCAAGUUGCUGAACCCCAAGUGGUAUGAAGGGAUGAUGUCUAGCGGAUAUGAAGGUGUUCGAGAAAUCGAGAAGCGCCUUACAAACACAGUUGGAUGGAGUGCAACUUCAGGCCAAGUUGACAACUGGGUUUAUGAAGAAGCCAACUCAACUUUCAUUCAAGAUGAGGAGAUGCUGAACAGACUUAUGAGCACUAAUCCAAACUCAUUUAGGAAGUUAUUGCAGACAUUCUUAGAAGCCAAUGGCCGUGGGUAUUGGGAAACUUCACAAGAAAAUAUUGAGAAGUUGAGGCAGCUCUACUCAGAAGUUGAAGACAAGAUUGAAGGGAUUGACAGGUAAAUAGUAAAUUAACUGUUACAGUGCACCACAUUGUUGAUUUAACAGAGCCUGAGUUGGUUUUCCCUUUUGCAAGUGAUUGAAGGGAUUUAAAUUCCUGGAACACUUUUCAGUUGUAAAAUUUGUUCAUAAAUAUCAUGAGUCAUUGAUUCUCUUUUUCUUCCACAA